CCCACAGCAGCUUUAGAUUCGCCUCGAAUCCAUGGGUCAUUUUUGGUCCGGAUUUCACUGCGCAUGUCUCCAUAUUAGCACCCAACUUUAGAAAGGAUAAGUCACGCUGGAUUUGUAUGAUGAGAUUUUCCUAUUCUUUUGGCUUUUCUUUUUGAUUUUUUUUUUUAUUUUAAGAGUUCGAGUGAGUCGGAGGAGAUGUGUGCGGGUACGAUAUCUUGUCCGAGUUGGAGGGUCAAGAAAUGGAGCCCUCGAAAGGCGUUUCGAGUUCUAAUACACGGCGACCGAGGUGGAAAAUGUUCGAUAAGCUCGAACGAAGUGAAAGGAAGAGGAUUACUGCAUCAUGACAUUUUGUAGAUUGGAUAAGAGCAGGAAGAGGGCUUAGAAACUGAUGCAAAGGUUCUAAACACUGAACUUUGUGUUCUCCGUGGAGCACUUUCUCCAAUCAUGAAGGUUACCAAUAUAGUUUCUGGCUCUCAUGGAGUGACAGUAGGUGAUGAAGAUUUAGCUAGUCCGACGUCAAUAUUCCUGAAAAGGCAAGUUGUGGUCGCAAAUUUCCUUCCGCUGCAUACCGCUCGGGAUAAAACAACUGGAAAAUGGUGCUUUGAGUGGGAUGAAGAUUCUUUACUCUUGCAGAUGAAAGAUGGGUUUUCCCCUGAAAUUGAGGUCGUCUAUGUAGGUAGUCUGAAGGUUGAUGUAGAUGCAGAAGAGCAAGAAGAGGUUUCACAAGAGCUCUUAGAGGAGUUUAAGUGCAUACCGACUUUUCUAGCUCCUCAUCUCCAAAGAAGCUUCUACCAUGGCUUCUGUAAAAGACAUCUUUGGCCACUUUUUCAUUACAUGCUGCCCAUCAGUGCGGCACAAGGUGAGCUCUUUGAUAAAUCUCUUUUCGGAGCCUACAUUUCUGCCAACAGGAUAUUCGCUGAUAAAGCCGUGGAGGCAAUGAAUUCAGAUGAGGACUAUAUUUGGAUUCAUGAUUACCACCUCAUGCUUCUACCAAUUCUCCUAAGGAAGCGGCUGAGUCAAGUCAAGCUUGGUUUUUUCCUUCAUAGCCCAUUCCCAUCCUCAGAAAUCUAUAAGACUCUUCCUGUUAGAGAUCAACUGCUUAAGGGGUUACUGAAUGCUGAUGUAAUUGGUUUUCAGACAUUUGAUUAUGCACGCCACUUCCUUUCUUGUUGCAGCAGGCUGCUAGGCCUAGAUUACAAAUUUAAGCAUGGGUACAUAGGAAUUGAGUAUUUCGGCCGUAUUGUGAGCAUUAAGAUUGCUCCAGUUGGUGUUCAUGUUGGCCGGCUUGAGAAACUUCUAAAAUGUCCAACCACAAUUGCCAAGGUUCAAGAGAUAAAACAAAGAUUUAAAGGGAAGACAUUAUUUCUUGGUAUUGAUGACAUGGACAUCUUCAAGGGUAUGAGUUUGAAGCUUUUAGCGUUUGAAUUUAUGUUGCAGAGGAAUCAAAAUCUUAGAGGUAAGAUGGUCCUGAUUCAAAUUGCUAAUCCUCCAAGAACAGUGGGAAAAAAAGUGAUGGAAACAAGAAGUGAGGUGAUCUCAAUUGUUGAAAGAAUAAACAGUGUCUACGGUAGUCCAGGUUAUGAACCUGUGGUCUUUAUGGAUUAUUCUAUUCCCUAUCACAUGAAGAUCGCAUAUUACGUGAUGGCGGAUUGUUGCAUUGUAAAUGCUGUCAGGGAUGGUAUGAACUUAGUACCAUAUGAGUAUGUAGUUUGUAGACAAGGGACGGAGGAGAUAGAUAGACAUCGAGGCAUUAAUAUGGUGCGAUGCACAAGCACACUGAUCGUCUCUGAAUUCAUCGGCUGUUCUCCAUCCCUGAGUGGAGCUAUAAAAGUCAACCCUUGGAGUCUUCAGGAUGUUGCUGAUGCCUUAUAUCAUGCGAGUGAGCUGUCUGAAAAUGUGAGGCAGUUGCAUCACGAAAAACAUUAUCGAUAUGUUAUCUCUCAUCAUGUAGCUUAUUGGGUUCAGAGCUUUCUACAGGAACUAGAAAGAGCUUGUCAAGGCAAUUGCAAUCAGAAAUACUACCGCCUUGGUAUUGGUUUAAACUUCAGAGUUGUUUCUCUUUCUCCAGAUUUCAGAAAGCUAUCUGUAGAUGAACUUGUCUCUUCAUACAAAAGAACCAAUCACAGGGCAAUAUUUUUGGAUUACGAUGGAACCAUAAUGCCUGCAGGUUCUGCAUGUAAAAUCCCCUCAAUGAGACUCAUUUCCAUUCUUAAUGACCUUUGCACUGAUCCCCAAAAUACAGUUUUCAUCGUCAGUGGAAGAGAGAGGACUGCUCUUGGUGAGUGGUUUUGUUCUUGUACAAACCUAGGAAUCGCUGCUGAGCAUGGCUAUUUCAUCAGAUGGAACGUAGACUCCGAUUGGGAAUCUUCUCCACCUUUCGGUGUCAGCUUUGAGUGGAGAAAUACUGUUGAGCGGGUGAUGAAAUCAUACACCGAGGCAACAGAUGGUUCCUUUAUAGAAUCAAAGGAAAGUGCACUGGUGUGGAAUUAUCAGGAUGCUGAUUUUGAGUUUGGCUCCUGUCAAGCCAAAGAGCUAUCGAGUCAUCUCGAGAGUUUGCUUGCCAAUGAUCCAGUUGUUGUUCGAAGGGGCCACUAUAUUGUUGAGGUUAUACCUCAGGGAGUGGGUAAAGGGAGGGCAGUUGAUAAAAUUCUCGGACAACUGGUAGCCAAUGGAAAGCCACCAGAACUUAUCAUCUGUGUUGGCAAUGACCGAUCUGAUGAAGACAUGUUCCAGAGCAUCAACAACGCCACGAAAAAAGAAUCUUCGACCGCAGCUCCUGAGGUCUUUGCCUGCACAGUUGGUCAAAAGCCAAGCAGUGCCAAGUAUUACAUCGACGAAACCAGUGACGUGCUUCUGUUGCUAAAAGCUCUUGUGCAGUCCCAGAACAAAAUAGUCUCCCCUUGAGCUACAGACCAUAAACUCUGUUGUACAUCCCAUACCAGCUCUCUGUAAUGUUUUUGUCUCCACAUUACAAAGUUCUGAAUGGUGCUUCUUGGUGUCUUUGGCGAUCUCCCACUGUUGCUCCUUUGAUUGCAUGUUUGUGUGCUAAAUUGUAAAGCCCCCAUUGCAGAGGAGAAAACAAUAGCAUGAUGAUAGAUAAGUCUUAAAUUUGUGGGCUAUGCAAUUCCUUCACAUUUGUGACAAUCAAAUGAAAACUCAGCCUAUUUAAA